AAAUGAAGUGCCCUCGACUCUCGAGUCUUGAAGUCGGGUCUUGCACACCACCACUUCAUCUUUUGUUGCUCUGCAGGACGCAUGAGGCGCAGCAACAAUGAUGGCGCCCAAGUCUGAGCCAGCGCCCCUGGUAUCGGCAAUCGUACAAGCAUGAAGGAGAAUGCAAACUUGUGUCUGCACGGGAUGUGCUCAGUGCUCGUUCCAUAUAGACGUGAGCAUGUAGUACAGUACCAUGAGUGGAUGCAGGACCCUUAUUUGCAGGAGGCAACGGCCUCGGAGCCACUUACUGAAGACGAGGAGUACGAGAUGCAGAAGAGUUGGGCGGAGGACCCCAAAAAGUGCACGUUCAUCGUCCUCGAUGCUGAAGUGGUAGGGUACCGCCGGCCGGCAACUUGUUUAGACGCCAUGGCCGGUGACGUAAACCUCUUUCUGAACGACCCUGAUGACGCUUCUACCGCUGAGAUUGAAGUCAUGAUUGCGGAGGAGAAGUGCCGACGAAAGGGCCUGGCCCGGGAGGCCCUGCGGCUGCUGAUGUUGUACGCCGUUCGAACGCUCCGGCUGCGGCGAUUCGUGGCCAAGAUCGGAGAGGGCAACGUUGCUUCGCUCAAGCUUUUCCAGUACUUGGGGUACGUCGAAGUGAGUCGAAGCCAGGCCUUCCGAGAGAUCACGCUCGAGUAUAGAGUGGGUCAAGAGGAGGAGAAGCUGCUUGCCUCGCAGACAACUGGGAUGCAAACAAGCAUGUACGAUUAGCCUGAGUCUCGCAACUGCGCGGUAUUGCUUAGGGCCAUUUUGCGGGUAUGCAAUUGGUAUUGCAAGGCAGUUGGCUUCCAAUUGUUGUAAUGUAGGACUACCAAACAGGCAGGCUUCGAGAUGUGAAGCACUAUGAUGCCCCGUGUGAACCUCGAAAACAAUAGAUACACUGAUAGCUGCUGCUAGUUGAUUGGAUUAUGCGAAAUGUUGCCUGCAGAAUGAAAUUCGAGAGUGCUGUCGUGAUUGAAUAUUGUAUGGAACUUACGCGACUCUACUCAUGGUACCGUCGGUGCCUUGUGUAGAGGGUCCGGGUGACUAUUGAUGG